UCGCUGCACUGUUUGCUCAGGCCCAGAGCUGUUAGGCGCAGGGAGAUCCCUGCUCUUCCUGCAUGAACCUGAAACCUCUACUGUAAGCGCCUCUCUCAGCACUACACCACUUCACCUGUCGUCCAUCCUGGGUGUCUUUCAUCCGGACGGAGGCCCCAUUCGAACCCCCAUUCCUCUGUCUGGGCCAAGGUCGGUCCCUUGUCGUCCAAACAGAGCACAGACGAGGGCCUGGAUUUACUUUACCUGCGGGGGAAUCCAAGGAAAUCCAUUUUCCCUCUCGUUUUCCCAGGGCCCCAUGUGUGUGCAGCACUUAAAGGAGACAAGAAAUCACAUUUUUGUUUGAGGUGCGAAGUAUGGAGAAUCUGAGCUAAAGAUGGGGUCGGUAGUGUCAAACUUUGGCCAGCUGUGUGGAAAAGCGAAGACGGAAGAGGAGGAGAGAUUCUUGCGAGCUAAUGACAGACCUUUCAACCUGUCUUACCACUAUGCCAACAACGCCAUCAAGACCUCCAAGUACAAUAUUUUCACCUUCCUGCCGCUUAACCUCUUUGAGCAGCUCCGGAGGCUCGCCAAUGCCUACUUCCUCUUCCUCUUUGUCCUUCAGCUCAUCCCACAAGUGUCCUCUCUCUCCUGGUUUACCACGGCGGUCCCUCUGGUUCUGGUGCUGUCUAUAACUGCAGUCAAGGACGCCAGCGAUGACAUAAACAGACACAAAAGUGACAAUCAAGUGAAUAACCGCAGGGUGGACGUCCUCAUCGAUGGAGAACUGAGAAAUGAAAAAUGGAUGAAUGUUCAGGUUGGAGACAUAAUCAAACUGGAGAACAAUCAGUUUGUUACAGCAGACCUUCUGCUGUUGUCCAGCAGUGAGCCUCUCAACCUGGUGUAUGUAGAAACAGCUGAAUUAGAUGGUGAAACCAAUCUGAAGGUGAAACAGGCCCUGACUGUAACUGGAGAGUUGGGGGACGGCAUCGGCGCUCUGGCUGGCUUCACUGGUGAAGUGCGAUGCGAGCCUCCCAACAACCGUCUGGACAAGUUCAAAGGGACCCUGACUCUAGACGGACAGACCUACGCCUUGGACAAUGACAAGGUGCUGCUCAGAGGAUGUACUCUGAGGAACACUGAGUGGUGCUUCGGUCUGGUCAUCUUCGGAGGUCCGGACACCAAGCUGAUGCAGAACAGUGGAAAGACGAGAUUCAAACGGACGAGCAUUGAUCACCUGAUGAAUGUCCUGGUGUUGUGUAUCUUUGGUUUCCUGGCGUCCAUGUGCUCCGUUCUGGCCAUCGGCAACGCAAUCUGGGAGGUAAGGGAGGGUUCGAUGUUCACGGCCUUCCUCCCUCGUGACCCCGGGGUUGAUGCUCCCCUCUCCUCCUUCCUCUCCUUCUGGUCCUACGUCAUCGUACUCAACACGGUGGUGCCCAUUUCGCUCUAUGUCAGUGUGGAGAUCAUCCGCCUGGGGAACAGCUUCUACAUAGACUGGGACAGGAAGAUGUAUUACCCCAAGAAUGACACUCCGGCCCAGGCGAGGACCACCACGCUCAACGAGGAGCUCGGACAGAUCAAAUACAUCUUCAGCGACAAGACUGGCACCCUGACGCAGAACAUCAUGACUUUCAACAAGUGCUCCAUCAAUGGCAAAGCUUACGGGGAGCUGUUUGACUUUUCUGGACAAAGGGUGGAAAUAACAGAGAAGACAGAGCGAGUGGACUUCUCCUGGAACAAGCUGGCUGAUCCAAAGUUCAUCUUUCACGACCACAGUCUGGUGGAGACGGUGAGGGAGGGAAACCCUGAGGCUCAGGCUUUCUUCCGCCUGCUGGCUCUGUGCCACACCGUCAUGCCUGAGGAAAAGAAAGAGGGAGAGCUCUACUACCAGGCUCAGUCUCCUGACGAAGGCGCUCUGGUGACGGCAGCAAGAAACUUGGGGUUUGUGUUCCGCUCACGCACACCAGAGAGCAUCACGGUCGUGGAGAUGGGCCGACAGGUCACCUAUGAACUUCUGGCGGUUCUUGACUUCAACAAUGUGCGCAAGAGGAUGUCAGUCAUAGUGCGCAGCCCUGACGGCAAGUUGACUUUAUACUGCAAAGGAGCAGACACCAUCAUCUAUGAAAGACUCCACCCGGCCUGUAACAAACUGAUGGAAGUUACCACGGGACACCUCAAUGAGUACGCAGGCGAUGGCCUCCGCACGCUGGUUCUGGCCUACAAGGACUUGGAUGAGGGCUACAUGGAUGACUGGAGAAGGCGCCACCACGAGGCCAGCACCGCCAUGGAUGGUCGAGAGGAGAGACUCGAUGAACUUUAUGAAGAGAUAGAGAAAGACCUGAUGCUGUUGGGAGCGACAGCUGUGGAGGACAAGCUGCAGGACGGGGUGCCACAGACCAUAGAGCAACUGGCUAAAGCCGACAUCAAAAUCUGGGUGUUGACUGGAGAUAAACAAGAGACAGCGGAGAAUAUUGGCUAUUCGUGCAACAUGCUGAGAGAGGAGAUGAAAGAGAUUUUCGUUGUGGCAGCUAAUACAGCCGAGGGAGUCAAAGAGGAGCUACAAAAUGCAAGAAGGAAAAUGUGUCCCGAUGCAGCGGAGGAGCCAUCUGUGAUCAAGGCUCGUGCAGGCCUGUUUUGGUUACAGAAGACAGAGACUGUGCAGGAUGAGAAGGUGGAUGGGGAUUAUGGUCUAGUUAUAAAUGGACACAGUCUGGCCUUUGCACUGGAGAAGAACUUGCAGCUGGAGCUGCUGAGGACAGCGUGUAUGUGUCAGACGGUGAUUUGCUGCAGGGUCACCCCUCUGCAGAAGGCCCAGGUGGUUCAGCUGGUCAAGAAAUACAAGCAGGCCGUCACUCUGGCCAUCGGGGAUGGGGCCAAUGAUGUCAGCAUGAUCAAGGCUGCUCACAUCGGGGUUGGUAUCAGCGGGCAGGAGGGAAUGCAGGCAGUCCUCUCCAGUGACUUCUCUUUUGCCCAGUUCCGUUACCUUCAGCGCCUCCUCCUGGUGCAUGGUCGCUGGUCCUACCUACGCAUGUGCAAGUUCCUACGAUAUUUCUUUUACAAGAACUUCACCUUCACCUUUGUGCAUUUCUGGUAUGCCUUCUUCUGUGGCUUCUCCGCACAGACUGUGUACGACGAGUGGUUCAUCACUUUGUACAACCUGGUUUACACAGCUCUUCCCGUCCUCGGCAUGAGUCUCUUUGACCAGGAUGUGAAUGACCGCUGGAGUUUCCAGUAUCCUCAGCUCUACACUCCAGGCCAGUUGAACCUCUACUUCAGUAAGAAAGCCUUUGUGCGCUGUAUGAUGCACAGCUGCUACAGCUCCCUCAUUCUCUUCUUCAUCCCAUGGGCCGCCAUGUACGACACGGUCCGAGACGACGGCAAAGACAUUUCCGACUAUCAGUCCUUUGCUUUACUGGCGCAGACCUGUCUGCUUGUUGUGAUGAAUAUACAGCUGUGUCUGGACACCCAUUACUGGACUGCAGUGAACCAGUUUUUCGUGUGGGGCAGCCUGGCCGCCUACUUUGCCAUCACAUUCACCAUGUACAGCAACGGCAUGUUCCUCAUCUUCACCUCCUCUUUCCCCUUCAUUGGCACCGCUAGAAACUCUCUGAACCAGCCUAACGUGUGGCUGACCAUAUUCCUGGCCUCCCUCCUCUGCAUUCUGCCUGUGGUGGCUUUCCGCUUCAUCCUCAUUCAGCUCCGGCCCACCAUCAAUGACAAGGUGAGGUAUAAGGUGCGAAAGGAGGCGUUGCCGGCUCCUGCACCUCGUCGCCCACCGGCCAGGCGUAUCAGCACCCGUCGGUCAGGCUACGCCUUCUCCCACUCACAGGGCUACGGUGACCUGGUGACAUCCAGAAGGUUCCUGCUGAAACGACCCCUGAAGAACCGACACGUCCUGUUCACCCAAACAGACUCUCCUCUGGCUCAGAAUCAGCCACAGCACUACCGCACCAUCGCAGAGGAGUCGGAAGAGUCAUCAUCACAGAGCCCUUAGACAGGAAGUAUGCAGGGACUAAACCACGGCAGAGAGUGCAUGCAUGGGACCAACGUAAAAAGCUUUUAUUUUGGAGAUUAGCUCACACUCAUGAGAGGGUGCAAAGGGUAAGGUUCACUUCCUGGAUUGUUUCCAGGACAAACCGGUACACUUAAAACUGAGUCUAACUUUAAGUCAAGAUUUUUACUAAUGGAUGCAUGUUGUUAUCGCUGUGAAAAUGUUGGCAGCACAAACAGCCACACCGGUGUUUUUCCAGCUCAAUAAGUACAACUGUCACACUCUGUACUCAAAGGUUUUAGAUUCUAUUCUUUCAUUACAACUACAGUCACCUUGUAGAGCAUUGCUUUUAAAUAAACAGAAAGUAAAAGCAGCCUGGAAAGUACAGUCAGACUAAAAAAGCUCAUAUUAAGCUUUGGAAAACAGCCAGAGAUAUCGUAUGCAGACUGUAAUUAAUGGGUUAAAAUUGCAAUGAGAUUAACUUUGUGUCAUGCACAAGCAAAUCUUUACAAUAUUUGUUUAAGAGAUAAGUUAAAUGUUUUAAAAAGUUGCCACUGGCUGAUCUGGAGAAACUGGAUUACCACACUGCCUGCAACAUGAAGUUGCAUUUUGUACCUUUUAAUUUUUUUUUUUCUUCAAGUGAAUUUUCAAUACUCAGGGUGUCAUUCUGAGAAAGGAUAAAACUGUGAUUUUAGUAUCAGUUGAAAUCUAUGAUGAACCUAUUUUAACUUUGUUGUUUACAUAAUAAUUUACAUAUAGAUUUUUUUUAACAUUGUUUUAUUAUUGUUAUGCUCUGUUUUAAUUUCUGCUCUGUGUGUUAUUUUAAUAUUCAGGCGUAUCAUUGAAUCACUGUGUUUUUAAAAUACAGCUAGGGGUCAGUGUUGUCUCUGGAACUGUGUUUUCAAUUCUCCAGAGCCAGUAAAAUAAAGGUAAUGCUUAAAGUGUCAUAGUACGGACAGAGCAUGGACCAGCAGACAGCACUAGAAUACUUUUUCCAGUCCUACCACGUAUUUUGCCAUUGUGACCUUCGCUUUAUCAUGAUAGAUGAUAGAGGUUCUGACUGAAUUGUUCAAAUUUCUACACAGGAGAUUAUCUGUGAAUAAAACAAAUAACUUCUUUGA